CGCCGAACCCCUGAAACCGACUUGGGUUCGAUCGAACCCAGGUUAAGAACCACUGGUUUAGCUGAACUGAGGAAGAAGGGUCUUUUGGCAUCUCAUCGGUGCAUACUCCAGUCCAGUAGGUGGCGUCCACACAUUGUGCGGUUGAUUUGUUAGCUGCUAGAAGAAGAAAACCCGGAAAAAAAAUCAAAGAGACGACGAUCUGAGGUGUUCUUGAGAACAGAGACAUUUCCUCCUGUGUCUGGAUCUGCUGAAGCCGGCGAUAUGAGGCUAAUGAUCUCCCAAUCAGAAGUGCAAGCUCUGAUUGAGCAGGAGGCCCAUAAAGCUGUGGCAAAUAAGGAAAGGCAGAUUGAGAGUAUGAUACAACGCAUUCAAGACACAAAUGAUGAAGCCAGCUUCGAAACGUCCAUUCAGAAACUAGAGAGUCGAAUCGAUGCCAUAGCGAGGAGAGCGGAGGUGGCUCUCUCCUACUUAGCAAGUAUUCAGAAACAGAGUUCUCCGUCCUCCGCUGGUGACCGUGACCUCCUUGGGAAAGGCCCAGAGCGUGACCCUUUGGACGCGGCGUCACAGUCAGGCACAAUGAGAACAAACCGUGAAGCGGAAAGUGGGGAGCUUCUCAAAAUGAUGGAGACGACAAGAAAGGCAUUGAAAAAUUUCCGCGCCGACAAUGAGAUGCUGACCACUGCCGUGGCGAAUUUAGAGGACCCUCCUCCCGUUCUGACGCCUCGGUGUUCUCCUGUUCCUAAGGAAAGAAAAGUGGGACAAAUAAAUCAGUGGUCAAGUAAUGAAGAUUUAUGUGAGAAGCCGCCGCCGCCACCGUGUCUUAGUCCCUGUGACUCUAAAAAGCAUAAGAAGAUAGCCAGUAUAAAAACAGAGGCAGCAGAUUCCCGCAACGAAAAUCAAGACUACGUCGAUGAGCCCUUGGCUAAGCGGUUAAAAAAAGAAGCUUCCUCUCCUGGCCACAGCAGCAGUCCCACACCCAAUGAUUUGGAAGGCAUGGAGCCGAUGGAGGAUAUGUUCGUCUAUCCGCCUCUUCCCAACACCCCCUUCCCGGCCGUCCUGAAGGCUGAAGCGGCUUCGUACAAGAUGCCUCCGAGAGUAGACGUAAACCUGGCCUUCAUCAGGAACCCAACUCGAAUCUCCGUCCUCUGGAACGUGGAGGACGAAGACCCCAGAUUGCCACCGAUGGAAAGCUACGCCAUCCUUCUAGCGAUGGAGACCUUUAAAGGGAGCGGCGUCUUCCUCAAGUGGGAUACUUACGACAAACUGCAGGCCAAGUCUCUGCCCAUGUGCGCUCUGAUCAAUAAGUUCAAGCGUGGGCACAAGCUGUGUGCUGCUGUGGUGGGCAAAGACAUAUUUGGUCGCUACGGACCCUAUAGCAAAGUUGUUACGGCGAUCCUACCGGACUAAUUCGGAAGAGGAUGCAGGCAGGAACCACUUGGAAACCUAAAAGCUUUCGUUUAUUCCUUCGAUUCUUCAGAAUGCAUUUUAUUGCUGUUCUUACGCAGGCAGAACUAUUUGUAAGUAAAACAGUAUGCACUCAAAUGCCAGUAAAAUAAGUUAAGAAGCAGUUUAGCUUUAGAAUGAUGUCUCUUAAAAGCUUUACAGUCAGGUUCCAGUUGGUAAAAUAAGUGCCCUGAUGUAAAUAUUCUUAGUACACCUUUGUGUUAAGAUUCCAGGAGCAGAAGUAAUGGUGCUAUCUUAUCUUUAAAAGCAGGCAAGCAAGAUUUUAACAAAAUUUUGGAUUUUGUUUAUUUGCAAAUAAAGUUCACUUUUAAAUGUUAA